CGGGCCAAAAGUCCUCCUUUUCAACCUUGUCCCGGCUCCGGCCUUUCAGGCUCCUUGAGCUUUGCCGGUUCCUGUGAGAAGCAGCACCUUCGUCGGGCCUCCCCAAAACCAUAGCAUCUUAUCCCCGUGUAGGUUCAGUAACCCAGUCAGUCUUGCCAUGUCUCUGAUCUCAGCAGGACGCGUGUGCGCCCGUAUCCUAGCAGCCAAGAACUCUCCUUGUGUUCUCAUUGCUGCUCGGCAAGCAAGCACUUCUACGAAUCUCAAGGAUGUCCUGUCAGACCUGAUUCCCAAAGAACAAACAAGAAUUAAGAAUUUUAAGCAGCAGUAUGGGAAAACGGUCAUUGGCCAGAUCACAGUGGACAUGAUUUACGGUGGAAUGAGAGGGAUGAAAGGAUUGGUUUAUGAAACCUCUGUGCUUGAUCCUGAUGAGGGUAUCCGUUUCCGUGGCUACAGCAUCCCAGAGUGCCAGAAGCUGCUGCCCAAAGCCCCAGAAGGUACGGAACCACUGCCAGAGGGACUUUUCUGGCUUCUGGUGACAGGAGAGGUGCCCACUCAGGAGCAGGUCAAUUGGGUUUCUAAAGAAUGGGCCAAGAGAGCUGCAUUACCAUCCCAUGUGGUGACCAUGCUUGACAACUUCCCCACCAACCUGCACCCAAUGUCACAGUUCAGUGCCGCCAUUACCGCACUUAACAGUGAAAGCAACUUUGCUCGUGCCUAUGCCGAGGGUGUCAACAGAACCAAGUACUGGGAGCUUAUCUACGAAGAUUCAAUGGAUCUGAUUGCGAAAUUGCCUUGUGUUGCUGCUAAGAUCUACCGUAACCUAUACCGCGAGGGGAGCAGCAUUGGAGCCAUUGAUUCCAACCUGGAUUGGUCACAUAAUUUCACCAACAUGCUGGGUUACACAGAUGCCCAGUUCACAGAACUCAUGAGGCUUUAUCUCACCAUCCAUAGUGACCAUGAAGGAGGCAAUGUUAGUGCUCACACCAGUCACUUAGUGGGUAGUGCCCUUUCCGAUCCUUACCUCUCUUUCUCAGCAGCCAUGAAUGGAUUAGCAGGUCCUCUGCAUGGAUUGGCUAACCAGGAGGUGCUUGUGUGGCUGACCAGCCUGCAGAAGGAUUUGGGUGGGGAAGUGUCUGAUGAAAAACUGAGAGAUUACAUCUGGAACACUCUGAACUCUGGCAGGGUGGUGCCUGGGUAUGGCCAUGCUGUACUGAGGAAGACUGACCCUCGUUACACAUGUCAGAGAGAAUUUGCUCUGAAACAUCUUCCCGACGACCCCAUGUUUAAACUGGUGGCUCAGCUUUAUAAGAUUGUCCCCAAUGUGUUGUUGGAACAAGGCAAAGCCAAGAACCCCUGGCCCAAUGUGGAUGCCCACAGCGGAGUCCUCCUACAGUAUUACGGCAUGACGGAGAUGAAUUACUACACAGUCCUCUUUGGGGUGUCGAGGGCACUGGGUGUCCUGGCUCAGCUCAUUUGGAGCCGGGCACUUGGAUUCCCUCUCGAGAGGCCCAAAUCUAUGAGCACAGAUGGCCUCAUGCAGCUGGUUGGACCCAAGUCUGGCUAAUUUCACUGGGAAUGCAGCUCCUUCUCGCCACCCAUGGGGAGAACUCGGUCAAAAGACAGUACACCUUUUGUUUCAACAGACUGCUUUGCACCCCACCAUUUUCUGAGCGCUGACAAGAAAACGUUUCUAGUUAUUUAUGCUAAAAAACAAA